CAAACACCGUUUUUGCUCUACUCGGUUUCCAAGCUACAGUGUUGGAGUUUUACUGAGCGUUCUAGAAUGGCACGGUUCGGGUUGAUCUGUAGCGUACUGCUGGGGGUAGCAUUACAAUUUGUCCCUGCUGCCCACGAAGGUAAUGAAAGCCGCCGGAUCGUUAUCGAAUUUUACGACGUAAGGACGAACCGUACCUUCAAAUAUCCAACCGUUUCUUUGCGCCCAUUUGCACCGAAUCAACCGAAAUUUGCGAUCCGUGAUAAUCGCUGCGAGUGUGAGGAGCUUGUCUGCACGUGCUGCCUUGGAAUACGCAUGGAACGGUUAAACUUUGAUCGAACGUUUUGCUCCGCGUUCACCUACGUGCCGUACGAGUUUGCGAUCGACCUGGAAGUGUUUAUGGACGAGUCAUCCAUCUACCGGAACUCGCUGUCGGCCAAAAAUCCUCCACCCUUCUGCCUGCCCGUCCCCAUUCCGUACAUACCGCUGAACGCGAACCUCUGCCUGAAGCUGUUCGAUAUCUACACGCCCCGGCAGAACCUGCACAUGUGCCUGGACGUGGAAGCGCGCGUCUGGGCGAACCCACUGCUGAUACUUCAUUUCGAAUGUAUGCGGCUGGGAGCGGACGGGCUGGUAUGGUUGAAACCGACGGACGGGGACGGAUUUGUGCCGGCGCCGGCAGAAGAACCGGACACCUACGACGAAGUGACGGAAGAAAGACCCGGUGCAGCUGAGCACUGAGCAAGGAGGCAAGGUGUUUUUUUCUU